AAUCCAGUUUCUACCUUUCAGCGCCUGGCGGUGUUGGCUCUGUCUCUCUUCCCGCUUUUCUGUAUUUGGCUUGCCUAAGGGGACGCAAAACCCUAGUCCUUGUCCCAGUGCCCCCAUCUCCGUCGCAUCCCCAGCACCAGGAAAAUCAAGAUAAACGGGGGAUGAGGGGUGGUUUGCGAUUUAAAAAAAAGUGCUUACAGGCAACAAUGUAGGCGAUCAUGAGCCCCCUGAAAGGAGAGAGUAAAGAAGACUUUGCGUUCUGCGACAGCGGCUCAGAAAAGUCCUCCAAAUGUCCGCUGUAGCAACUCCGACCAGUGGAAACUAACGGUUAUGAAUGGAGUCGCUAGGAAGGCACGGACAACCGCAAAACAGCUGAAGGACGUUUGCAAGGCUGAUUUUGAUAGGAUCGCCGAAGAUGUGAAGAAGAUGAAAACAAGGCCAAAUGACGGAGAACUGAAAGAACUCUAUGGGCUCUACAAACAAUCUGUAGUUGGCGACAUUAAUAUUGAGUGUCCAGGAAUAUUAGAUUUAAAAGGCAAGGCUAAAUGGGAAGCAUGGAAUCUCCAAAAAGGGUUAUCGAAGGAAGAUGCCAUGAGUGCGUACAUUGCUAAAGCAAAAGAGCUGAUAGAAAAAUACGGAAUUUAAAAUUCAGCCAAGAGAAAGUUUUUCUUUUGAAACCUUCAUAACGCUAUCAUGACCUAACAUCUGGAUAAGAAAUGCACGGUUAACUCUACAUGUCGUGAAUAUUUUUGCCAUUAACAUGAAUUGUAAUCCUUAAUUAGCGGUACACUGAAACUGUGUUAUGUAAUGAAAUUUUACUUGCCUAAACCAGAUGAUUGUAAAAGUUCUUUUAAAAAAAAAUUUUUGCUCUGGUAGUAUGUGCACAAAAACAUUAACAAUUUUUUUUUGGCUUACCAGUUUUUCUACAGUGAGUUGACAUUAUUGGUGUAUAAUCAAAACAGUUUAUUAAGAACGAGUAACAAGGUUUUUCCUUUGUUGCACCGUGUAGCUUUGGGAUUCUCACUGACCUGGGGCCUUGGUCAACCAUAGACAUCUGUGGUUCUUGUCCUUAGUCUGUAAUUCUUUACUAGGUGACUGAGGCAAAUUAUGUAACCUCGCUAAUCAGCCUCCUCUAUAGAGUAGGGGGAAAAUCAGUCUCACAGGGUUGUAAGAACUGAAUGAGGAAACUGUAAUCAUCAUACUUUAGUUUCAAGCACACGUUAUGAAAAGCCUAACAACAAAUAAGCUAAAAAUUUUACAAAGAAACUUAGGAGUCGAUGACUAUUCAAAGAAAGAAAAAAGCUACCAACUAUUUUUUCUCUAAAUUUCUACAUUUAAGACAAACCAAAAAAUCAAAUGUAGUAUCUAGUGAUAAUAAACCUACAACUACUCCGCCUCUUACGCUCAAUUUGUAUUGUAGUGAAAAUGCAGAGUCUGGAAUAUCAUAUUGGCCUAAUCCUCAGUCUUUCUUGCGGGUACACAGCUUCCCUGGAGGAAGGUGGCCUUCUUUUAGCAGUUCUAGAAUCUGUCUGAGAUUGCAUAGGAUAAACAUCAUCAAAACCAGUGUAACUCUAUUCCCUGGAUAAGGGUGUGCAUUUGGUAUGCUAUGACCAGUGAGGGACAGUUCAUUUCAUGUGACUUUAAAAAAAAAAAAAACAAGCAAACAAACAACCUAGGUUGACUAGAUGAAUUUCCAGGGAAGUGAAAAAAGCCGGUCUCAAAAGAUUACGCUGUGUAUGAUUCCAUUUAUGUAACGUUCUUGAAAUGGCAGACAUAGAGGACGGAAUAGUGAUUGCCACAGAGGAUGGAAUAGGGAGGUAGGUGUGGCUUUAAAGAACAGCAGAAGGGAUCCUGUGGGGAUGGAAUGUUCUGUCCCUCGACUCACAGUGAACAUCUAGCUGUAACAUUACACUGAGUUUUGUACAUGUUACCAUUGGGGGCAACGGGGUAGAUCUGUAUUAUGUCUCACAACAACAUGUGAAUAUACAGUUAUCUCAAAAUAACAAGUUUAAUGAAAAAAAAAAUCUAGUUGAUUCCUAUUCCGGAAAAUUUUGGAAAGUAGAGAUGAUUCUCAUCUCUACUAAAUCUUCCCUAAAGAUAGUCAGGAGUCUUCGAUGAUGACAUCAGCGUCCAAAUCCAAGAAUAUGAAGACGUCAGCAAUGACGGGGCCGCUCCUUCUAAUCGAGGGCCUGGAAGCUCCCAGAGCUACUCCCAUGUGACUUCGCCUUCACCGGGAGGAGAGGCGGCGGAGAAGGCGCACCUCAACAGCCUGACAUCGGCUACAUCAUGCAAUUCCCACUGUGGACCGUAUUAACUAACAGUUGUUCAAAUGAAUGAUCACAAAUCAAAUGACUUUUGUGUCGCUCCUUCCAUAGGGAGCCCUGGAGAUGGUGUCACGCCAAAGGGUAAAAAGCACAGCAGGUACUAAGC